AUGGUCAAGACUAGUGUUCUCAAUGAUGCGCUCAAUGCCAUCAACAACGCUGAGAAAGCUGGCAAGCGUCAAGUCCUCAUACGGCCAAGCUCAAAAGUCAUCGUCAAAUUCUUACAUUGCAUGCAGAAGCACGGCUAUAUUGGCGAAUUCGAAGAAGUUGAUGACCAUCGGUCGGGAAAAAUAGUCAUACAAUUAAACGGACGCAUCAACAAGACCGGUGUCAUCAACCCACGCUACAAUGUUCGCAUGGUAGACUUCGAGAAAUGGGUUGUGAAGCUGUUACCGUCUAGACAAUUUGGCUACAUAGUCCUGACCACGUCUUCCGGAAUUAUGGAUCAUGAGGAGGCAAGACGAAAACAUGUGGCUGGCAAAAUCAUAGGGUAG